AUGAGGGAGGCUCUGCUCCGAGGCCUAUUGCUUCUGCGGCUGCUCUGGGAAGCUCCAGUCGUGGCUUCAGAGCCUGGAAAAGAGGACUCCGUGGUGUGGGCCCAGGAGGGCACUCCUGUCCAGCUUCCUUGCGGCCCUCAAUUCCCCCACAGGAAUCUCAGCUUUCUGCGAAGAGGAGGGGUUACUUGGCAACAUCAACCAGAUGGUGGCCAACCCGCUCCCACCCCUGCCUUUGACCUCAAGGGGAUGCCCUCGCCUGGGAGGCCUGCACCCCAUCAUCCCUACACGAUCCUGAGCGUGGCUCCAGGAGGCCUGCGCAGCGGGAGGCUGCCCAUGCAUCCCCGCGUGCGGCUGGAGGAGCGCGGCCUCCAGCGCGGGGACUUCUCGCUGUGGUUGCGCCCAGCCCUGCGCGCCGACGCUGGCGGGUACCACGCCGUGGUGCGCUUCCCGCACCGCACCCUCUCCUGCCAUCUCCGCCUGCGCGUCGGCCAGGCCUCGAUGAUCGCCUAUCCCCCAGGACCCCUCAGGCCAUCUGAUUGGGUCGUUUUGAACUGCUCCUUCAGUCGCCCUGACCGCCCAGUCUCAGUGCACUGGUUCCAGGGCCAGAGCCGAGUUCCUGUCCACAAGUCCUCCCAUCGCUACUUAGCUGAAAGUUUCCUCUUUCUGCCCCAAGUCCGUCCCCUGGACUCUGGGAUCUGGCGCUGUGUCCUCACCUACAGAGAUGGCUUCAAUGUCUCCAUUACAUACAACCUCAAGGUUCUGGGUCUAGAGCCCCUGGCUCCUUUGACGGUGUACGCUGCUGCAGGUUCUAGGGUGGUGCUGCCUUGUCACUUGCCCCCUGGUGUGGGGACCUCUUCUUCACUCAUGGCCAAGUGGACUCCUCCUGGGGGAGGCCCUGAGCGCCUGGUGGCCGGAAAGAAUGGCAAUUUUACCCUUCAACUUGAGGCCGUGGGUCUGGAGCAGGCUGGGACCUACAGCUGUGGCAUCAACCUGCAGGGACAGUGGCUCAGCACCACGGUCACUGUGGCAGUCAUCACAGUGACUCGUCAAUCCUUUGGGUUACCUGGCUCCCCGGGAAAGCUGUUGUGUGAGGUAACCCCAGCAUCUGGACAAGAAAGAUUUAUGUGGCGUCCCCUGAACAACCCGUCCAGGAGUUCUCCAGGCCCCAAGUUGGAGAUGCAGGAGGCCAGGCUCCUUUCUGAGCCUUGGCAAUGCCAGCUGUACCAGGGGCAGAAGCUUCUCGGAGCGGCAUUGCCCAUGGCAGAGUCUAGGCCAGGUGCCCGGAGUGCAAAGAGAACCUCAGGUGACCUUAAAGGAAGCCAUCUCUUUCUCCUUCUCAUCCUCGGUAGCUUCUCACUGUUCCUUUUGGUGACUGGGGCCUUUGGCUUCCACCUGUGGAGAAGAAAGUGGCUGCGGAGAAGGUUUUCUGCCUUAGAGAAUGGGAUUCACCCACCUCCGGCUCCGAGUAAGACAGAGGAGCUGGGGCGAGAACUGGAGAUGGAGCAGGAGCGAGAGCCAGAGCCGGAACUGGAGCAGGAGCCACAGCUGGAGCCAGAGCCCAGGCCGCUCUGACCUGGAGCUAAGGCAGCCAGCAGAUCUCAGCAGCUCCGUCCGUCCGGAAUAAACUCCCUGUCAGCAGCA